AUCAACUUCCGUGUUCACAGACUGAUACUCUCCCUCGCAUCGCCGCUCUUCCGUGACAUGUUCGCCAUCGGUGCAGCGUCGCGCCAAGAAAACAGCCUCGCCACUGAGGAAAAGGAUGCAGCCUCUGGCCUUCCCAUUGUACCAAUAAUGGAGGAGACCGGAGAGACUGUGGAAAAGCUCCUACAGCUGUGCUACCCAGGACCCUUAGAAGCGCCGAUCUGGAAGAGUGCGUCUCAACUGCAGCCCGUGCUAGCAGCAGCCAUGAAGUAUCAAUUUGAGGGCGCGGCAAAUGUGCUGAGAAAGGAGCUAGUUUCUCUGAAAUUGCUGAAGAGAGAGCCCUUGCAGGUCUUCGCAGCUGCCUCCUCGUUGCGAUUGCAGGAGGAAGCGCGCAUAGCGGCGAGGCGUCUUCUAUCUGUGGAGAUCGAAAUUAUACCCGAAUUCGACGAAUUGCGAUUCGUCUCAGGGCUCGUCAUGUUCCGUUGGAUGGCCUACCGGAAGCGUUGUAGAGCAGCAGCUCAGUCCCUG